UGAAAGUGCUUACCUUAACUCCUUUGAAAAGCAAAAAGAACUGACACCGCUAAAACGCCGAGCAAAGAGUCAAAAAUCACUAGGAUACCAGGACCAAAAUCUAAUGUUUCUGCAAAUGCAACUACCACUAGGAGUGGAAUGUUGAGCUCAAGUUCCUCAAAAAGAAAUCAGAAUGCACAUCCUGGCCUGUCAAAAAAUCCUACGCCAAGCAUCCCUAGCCUAUCAAAAAAUCCUACGCCAAGCAUCUCUCGCUUGUCAAAAAAUCCUACGCCUAGCAUCCCUAGCCUAUCAAAAAAUUCUACGCCAAGCAUCCCUCGUUUGUCAAAAGAUCCUAUGCCAAGCCUCUCUAAAAAUACUACAUAUGUUCCAAGCAUCCCUAAAGUUGAUAUGGCUGACAAGUGUUCUGUUAGUAGAACUCUUACCAAGCAGGCUGGAAAACUUUCGGAUAAUUCAGUUUCCGUACCACGUCCACCAUCCAGCAUGCAUCAAACAGGGACAAUAAAAUCAUCAGGCCUACGGAAGCCAUCUCCUUCCAUUGGUUUCUUUUCUCAGGUAAAAGCUUCCAGUUCACACAGCUUGCAGAAAAGCUCUAUACCUUGCAAACCUUCUGAGAGUAACAUUCCAAAACUCAGGAAGUUGGAAACAGUUUCUAUUAAAGAGGCAAGAUCCAAAAUUGUCAAAGGGGCAGCAAAGAAUACUAAGGAAUUAAGCCUUUCAGAUGUCAAGUCAGAAGCAAUCGUGCAAAUAGACAAUAAGCAGAUGGCUGGUGUAGAAGUGGAGUGUGAUUCUUUGAGUUUUGAAAUAAUAAGUAAGCAAGCAGAGGUUGAAAACAUUCCGGAUGAUGUCAUCUUAAAAUCGCAGGAGCAAGGAGAACUACAUGAAAAUAAGAUCAUUUCUAGCAUGGAGAACAUGGCAUUACCUACACACGGAAAGGAAUUUCUUACAAAGAGUCAGACACAGGAGCAGUUGGAGAAAGAGGCUGACCACGCUCUGGAUAACAAGUUAUAUGAUGUUUCGUCAAAUGAGGACCGGUCUUUAUAUCAGGAACCGCAGUCUACGCUCAAUCCUAUCAUGCACAGCACUUCUAACACUGUGCAGAAUGCCAUUGGACGAGAUGAAGAUGAUCAAAUCAAAGGGCCCCCCGGUGACAUUCCGACUUUCAAGGAAAGUUUGAUUCUACAGGAAGAGCAUAGAACUUCUUUUAAGAAUGAUAGACAUUCUGGAGAGUUUAAGGGAGACAACAAUGUCAAGACUGCACUUUUAAAAUCUAGCCUUGAUGAUUUUAGCAAAACUGUCCCCGAAGGAUCUAAACAAGGAACCCCAUGUAAGAAUACGGAGCAGGUAAAUUAUGGUGCUGAUGAAUUUGGUAGAUAUGGGGGAGAUGCACAAGGGCAUUUACUGAAUGAGAGUCUCACAUUCAAUUGCAAAAACACCACCCAAACUAAUUUAGAGGCAGUUAGUCAGCAGUUACAGGCAGACCUACCCAAGACUCUAAAUCCUAGUGGUGUAGAAGAAAAUGGACCAGAAAAAGAAAAUAUCUCUGAUAUGAACUGUUCUGAGCCAGUUCAUGUGCCGACCUUAUUUUCCAAAGGUUCUCCUGAAAAGUCUAUACUAGGAAUCAAUGGUGCUACUCCUGAAAAGUCUAUACUAGGAAUCAAUGGUGCUACUCCUGAAAAGUCUAUACUAGGAAUCAAUGGUGCUACUGAGGAUGAAUCGAAAAUAAUUGAAAUCAAACUUCCAGUAAAUGAUCAAUUAGGUUUCAUCCCAAGAAGCCCGAUGGAUAUGGAAUGUGACCAGGUUAUUGAUUCAAAAGCAAUCCAUGAUAGAACUCCAGAGUUUGAAUUGGAUAGGUUGAGUGAAGAUUGUAUAACUGGUUCAGCAUCUUCAAUGGCAGAUGAUAAUAUCAUAAAUGAAGAUUCCCAUAUUCCUGGGUUUCAAAAGCCUAGUGCUGUUACUGUAAAUUCCCAAGAUGUUCACUUGUAUAGUGACUUUCUGCCAGCAGUUAUUGUUUCACCGACAGAACUCAAGGACCAAAAUUUAGUUGAGGAUGCAUUUGAAGGACGCGGGUUCCAUAGCAAUGAGCACAAUUCUACCAAUCAUGAUAUUGAAGAUAUGCCUGUAAACAUAGAUGGAAAUCAUGAUGUGGAUGGAAAGGUGGAACUUUUGCAAAUCAAUGACGUGGAUGGAAAGGUGGAAUUUUUGCAAGUCAGUGACAUGGAUGAAAAGGUGGAACUUUUGCAAAUCAAUGAUGUGGAUAAAAAGGUGGAACUUUUGCAAAUCAAUGACGUAGAAGAUGGAAAUCAUGAUGUGGAUGAAAAGGUGGAAGUUUUGCAAAUCAAUGGUGCAGAAGAUGGAAACCGUGAUGUGUAUGUAAAGGUGGAACUUUUGCAAAUCAAUGAUGUGGAUGAAAAGGUGGAAUUUUUGCAAAUCAAUGAUGUGGAUGAAAAGGUGGAAUUUUUGCAAAUCAAUGGUGUGGAUGAAAAGGUGGAACUUUUGCAAAUCAAUGAUGUGGAUGAAAAGGUGGAACUUUUACAAAUCAACGACGUGGAUGAAAAGGUGGUGGAAUUUUCGCAAAUCAAUGAUGUUGAAGAUGGAAAUCAUGAUGUGGAUGAAAAGGUGGAACUUUUGCCAAUCAAUGACGUGGAUGAAAAGGUGGAUCUUUCGCAAAUCAAUGAUGUUGAAGAUGGAAAUCAUGAUGUGGAUGAAAAGGUGGAACUUUUGCAAAUUCAUGAUGUGGAUGAAAAGGUGGAACUUUUGCAAAUCAACGACAUGGAUGAAAAGGUGGAUCUUUCGCAAAUCAAUGAUGUAGAAGAUGGAAAUCAUGAUGUGGAUGAAAAGGGGGAACUUUUACAAAUCAAUGAUGCAGAAGAUGGAAAUCACGACGUGGAUGAAAAGAUGGAUCUUUUGCAAAUCAGUGAUGCUGAAGAUGGGAAUCAUGAUAUGGAUGAAAAGGCGGAACUCUUGCAAAUCAACGGUGCAGAAGUUGGAAAUCGUGAUGUGGAUGAAAAGGCGGAACUCUUGCAAAUCAAUGGUGCAGAAGAUGGAAAUCGUGAUGUGGAUGAAAAGGCGGAACUCUUGCAAAUCAAUGGGGCAGAAGAUGGAAAUCGUGAUGUGGAUGAAAAGGUUGAACUUUUGCAAAUCAAUGAUGUGGAUGUAAAGGUGGAACUUUUGCAAAUCAAUGAUGUGGAUGAAAAGGUGGAACUCUUGCAAAUUAAUGAUGUAGAAGAUGGAAAUCAUGAGGUGGAUGUAAAGGUGGAACUGUUGCAAAUCAAUGGUGCAGAAGAUGGAAGUUGUUAUGUGGAAGAAAAGGUGGAACUUUUGCAAAUCAAUGAUGCUGACGAAGGUUUGCCUGAUACUUCUACUGAAUUUGACACUUCUACUGAAGUGAGUGAAGAUCCCUUUACAACUACAGUUUCUUUGAAGUGUAUUUUAAGUGAAAAAUCAAAGUUACUAUUUUCUGAUAUGCUUGUAAACAAUGAUGCAAAUCAAGAUAUGGAUGAAAAGGUGGAAAUUUUGCAAACCAAUUAUGCAGAAGAAGGUUCAUUAGAUAUAUCUCCUUCAGUUGAAAUUAAAGAUAUGGAUGAAAAGGUCGAACUUUUGCGAAUCAAUGGUGCAGAAGAAGGUUCAUUAGAUAUAUCUCCUUCAGUUAAAAUUCAAGAUAUGGAUGAAAAGGUCGAACUUUUGCGAAUCAGUGGUGUAGAAGAAGGUUUAGAUAUAUCUCCUUCAGUUGAAAUUCAACUUGAGAAUGUUAUUUCUGCUGAAUUUGAUUCUUCUACUGAAGUGAGUGAGGAUCCCUGUCUUUUAAGUGAAAAAUCAAAAUUACUAGAUUCAGAGAAUUCAAUCUUCAAUGCAACAAUCCCACAUGGCAGUGAAGUUAGUUCCGUGAAACUCAAUGAAAAUGCUACUUCCGGUGAACUAGAUUCUUCUAUUGAAAUGAGUGAAGGCCCCUGUCUUUUCAGUGAAAAAUCAAAAUUACUAGCUUCAGAAAAUUCAAUCUUCAAUGCAACAAUCCCACAAGGUCGCGAAGUUAGCUCACUGAAACUCAAUGAGAAUGCUAUUUCUGCUGAAUUAGAUUCUUCUAUUGAAGUUAGUGAAGGCCACUUUACAAGUGUAGUUGCUUGGAAACCUGAGGAGCAAUGUCUUUUAAGUGAGAAAUCGAAGUUACUAGCUUCUGAUAAUCUAACCUUCAUUGAAACAAUCCCACAAUGUAAUGAAGUUAGUACAUUGAACAGUGAAAGUUUUUCAGAUAUAGCUGUAACUACUGUCUUUGAGAAUGAAAAGUCUCCUAAUACUGACACGCUGAGUCAUACAAAAGAAAACAUAGACUUUUCGGAAGACAACAGCAAAACAAUUCAUCUCGGAAUAGAUGCAACUAAAACUAAGCAGGAAGUUCCGAUAGUGGCACCUCCACUGAAUGUUGUUCCAUUUACUGAGGAAUGGUUAGCUGCAAUAGAAGCCGCUGGAGAGGAGAUUUUAACGAUGAAAAGCGGUGCUGUACAAAAUUCUCCCCCUGACAAAGUCCAGAAUGAACCAAACCCUUGGUCACCGGUGAAAAAAAAUCAAGAGAUUGGACCAUUUGAUUGUACUAAAAUAACCAAACAUAACAUCCAGAGUUCCGAUCUUUUAUGACAAAUCUGUCAAUAAUCACUGACAUUUUUGGUUGAUAAUACAUGAAUAUAAAUGAACUAGUUGCCACAACUAUAUGUUACCCCGGAGAGGCUUAUAAAUGAAUAUUAAACUGAUUCUUCUCAAAUUGUAAAUGAUAUUUGGUUUUGUUCUUUUUUAA